AUGGCUGGCCAUUAUGGCUGGAAAGUCAACUUAGAUCAUAAAUUUAAGCAAGACGCUUUCCGGUUCGGUGAUGUCCGACCGAAACAAGUAUUAGUAAGCCUCAAAAUGGGUCUCAGGUAUGGUAUGUACAUUUUACAUAACCGAUUUCACUCUCGUGAGCCCUUCAUCGACUUAUUUGGGAAACGCCAAGUCGAUCGUUUAUACGGAGUGCCAAUUGGCGGCCUUGGAUGUGGAACUAUCAUGCGAGGUUGGAAUGGGCAAUUUUGCAGAUGGCAGCUAAGACCGGGGUGGUAUACUUAUGAUAUUGUACAUGCUGAUCAAUUCACAGUAUCUAUUCGUAAAAAUGGCGAACCUUCCUAUCAGCAAGUCUUAUCACCAUGCCGUCCGUCGUCAGCUCAACUGGGUGACUGGUUUUGGGGAUACCAUGGAUCUCAAGCUACUUAUCGUGCCUUGUAUCCACGAGCUUGGACAACAUACAAUUUACCGGGCCAGAAUGUGACUUUAACUUGUCGUCAAAUAUCUCCUAUCAUACCACACAAUUAUAAAGAUAGUUGCUUACCAGUUGGUUGCUUUAUUUGGGAAAUUGACAAUCAAAGUGAUGACGAGAUUGAAGUAUCCAUCAUGUUCACUUUUCAAAAUGGAGAUGGAAGCGAACACGAUAGCGCUGGAGGACAUCAGAAUGAAACAUUCACAAGAUCUAGCAAUGAAAAUAUGAAUAAUUCAAAGAUAUCUGGAGUGCUUUUACAUCAUCGUGCCUCUCUCCAACCAUGCACUUUUACAAUAUGCGCUAAAGAAUGCCCUGAGACUGGAGACUACCCCGCAGUAUCUGUAUCAAAUUCGGUAUCUUUCGAUCCGAAAGGAUCUGGAAGGGAAAUCUCUAGACAGUUAUUAUCUCAUGGUAAAUUGGAGAACUCUUCCAAUACGAAAGCAACGCAAUCGCCAGUAUCAAAAAAGGGUGAAAUUAUUGGAGCUGCUGUAGCUACAACUGCUAUUGUUAAACCGCAAGGUAAAGCGAAAAUGGAAUUUGCUUUAACAUGGGAUCAACCAGAGGUUUAUUUCGAUGCGAAAGAAAUCAAGUAUCGGAGAAGGUAUACUCGCUUCUUUAAUCCAAAUGGCAGCCAUAGAGCUGCCGAUCUAGCGGUUUACGCUCUACAAAACGUUAAAAGUUGGGAAGAAAAAAUCGAUCAGUGGCAGUCUCCUAUACUGGAGAAUGAAUCCUAUCCAGAUUGGUAUAAAUCCGCUAUUUUCAAUGAAUUAUAUUAUAUGAGUGACAGUGGAUCAAUUUGGGCAGAAACGGACGGAGAUGAAGAUGAUGAAACCAAUUUAGCAAGUUGCUUGAAGGAAGUACCAGGCAAAGGGAAGCAAAUACAUAAAGAAUAUGGACGCUUUGCUUACCUAGAAGGACAUGAAUAUCUUAUGUAUAAUACCUACGAUGUACAUUUCUAUGCAUCAUUUGCACUGGCUCAAUUGUGGCCUAUGAUAGAGCUAAGCAUACAGUACGAUUUCGCUGCCUCAAUAAUGCAUGAAGACCCCGAAUUAAGAUUAAUUAUGUGGACUGGACUAAGAAAGCCGCGAAAAUCAUACGGAUUUGUUCCUCAUGACAUUGGCGAGCCAUGCGAUGAACCUUGGAAACGAAUUAACGCUUAUUGUAUAUCUGAUGUGCAAGAUUGGACUGAUUUAAAUACCAAAUUUGUGCUUCAGAUUUAUAGAGAUUACUGUGCUACUGGAAAUUUAGAAUUCCUUAAAGACAUGUGGCCAUGUGCAAAGCACGUAAUGGAAACCGCAAUAUCUCAAGAUACAGAUGGCGAUGGUAUCAUCGACAAUAAUGGUGCAGACCAAACAUACGAUGUAUGGCGAAUGUAUGGUGCUAGCGCGUAUUGCGGAGGGAUCUUUCUGGCUGCUUUAUAUAUCAUGUAUAAAAUAGCUGACUUGAUUGGUUGUAAAGAAGAUAAAGCCAAAUAUUCUAAAAUUUUACUCCGUGGUCGCGAUUCCUUUCAACAGAAGUUAUGGAACGGGGACUACUACCUUUACGAUAGUAGUAAAGGUAAUCACUCUGAUAGCAUUAUGGCUGAUCAAAUGUGCGGACAUUGGUAUCUUCAAGCUUGCGGUUUAGUUAACAAUAAUGAAGAUGAUAUCUUUCCAAAAAGUCAAGUUGAUAAAGCUCUACGAAAGGUUUUCGACUAUAACGUUAUGAAGUUCAUGAAUGGAACUUGGGGAGCCGUUAAUGGCAUGAAACCUAACGGCGAAAUCGAUACCUCAAGUGUGCAAUCCGAAGAAGUUUGGACAGGAGUUACUUAUGCGUUAGCUGCAAAUCUUAUUCAACAGGGAAUGAUUAAGGAAGGUUUCAAAGUCGCUGAAGGGAUGUACGAUACCACAUUUAAUGUAAUGGGCCUUGGAUUUCAAACACCAGAAGCGUACUAUAAAAUAAAUCGUUACCGCUGUACCGGAUAUAUGAGGCCUUUGUCCAUCUGGGCAAUUGAAUGGGCUUUCAAUCACGUUUUUAAAAAAAAUACUAAAAAAAUCACGAAAUAA